CUUGAAAGCUCUCCAAUUUCAUUACUUCUUCAUCUAUUUAUACCCAACUCUCCUCAACAAAAUCGUGGCUUAUUCGCGAAUUCUGUCUUGAUUUCUAUGCAUUCAAACAAUCAUUCUUCCAAUGUCUUCAAUAAUUCGAACAGAGAAGAUUCCGGAUACUACUUGGGACCUUCAUAAGGAUGAUGUUCUGAAACUGUAUUUGGACGAUCGUCGCUUUUUGAAGGACAUCGUUGAUAUAAUGAGGACCGAACAUGGAUUCGAAGCGACGGUUUCGCAGUACGAGGCACAAUUUAGAGCCUGGAAGGUUCGAAGAAAUUUGAAGGCCUCAGAAUGGCGCCGCAUUUUCUGCACGUUAGACAGUUUGCAUCCGGGUACCAUAAGCCGAGUCAUUCUAUCAGGCAGGGUAGUUGAUGAAAAAACAAUCCGUCGUGCCAGGCGGAAUUGUAAAAGCAAACCUAUGAGAAUCGAAGACAAUUCUCAAAUGGAUGAUUCCUUCAAUAAUGAGACCUAUGACUUCUCUAUUGAAAUCCGAAACCAAGACGGCACUUGGUCUCAAUUCCUGGGAGGUGAUGGAGGUGAUGGUGUCGAUCCAAUACUGUCCUCGCCUCAUUCAAGCUUCGAUAACAUUCACACCCCUCAGGAUCCGAUGCUGAUAGACGAACCUUGCGAUAUCGUGGAGAACCCGAUGGUCAGAUCACAUGACAGCCUAACUGACAACAUGCAUUUCUGUGCGCCUACCGGGGCUCCCAUAAUGCCAGCCAACAUUGACGACUGCGGACAGGGUGGUUUCGUUGAGUUCUUAAUGAAUAAUCCUAGCCCGAUAAAUUGGCCCUCGGUCACAUUAACCCCAGGAAACUUCACGGCACAACCCUCUUUCAUGCGGGAGAGCUCUAAUAUCAGCUUCUCACAGCCAUUGCAAUUCGAACGCUCUUUGAGGGACCCUUACGAAUGGCUCAAAAUUCUGUCUCUCGGUAAAAUUAGCAAGCAGCUCGCAUCAUGGAAAAGCCACUUCCCUACGAUCCAGAACGAAGUCGUAAGGCCAUUGGGGGAUGUGCAAGCGUAUAUGGACGUUUCCGGGUCAAGACGCCAGGAAUUCUCCCAUUCUAGUUACUAUCUUCAAAAACUCAAAGCAUUGGUACCAGAGAGUUUGCUUCCAAAACAACGGGAAAAUGAGAUGUUCGUGACAAGCGCUAUUAGUGAAACUCUUAACGAUAAAAGUUUAUUUCAAGGACUUGUCUUUGCGAUUGCGAAUAAGCUAUUGGGUAUAAGGAAUAUUCCUAUGGGAUCGAUACUGAAGCUAUUCGCACAUUCCGAGAAAACCACUACAAUGCUAACCCCAUUUCCGGAGGCUAGAUACGACCACGUCACAAGAGCGCUUGCGGAAUCCCUUUUCGAAGCCGCAAUAGAGGAGAGCGAAAAUGAUGUUCUCCGUAUGGUCCUACGCACACGCUUAGUUAGCGCGAAUCAGGUUAUAUCUACCAAGCACGGAUCUCAUUAUAUAGCAAUUGAGCGUGUGGCGGAACUGCGCAAUUUGGCCGGUAUGGAAAUCCUGCUGGAGACGGAAGAAGACCUUACUCAAGCAAACCAGAAUAAUCUAAUACAAAUCUACACUAGAGGUCUGCGAACUUUUGACGCAGAAUGGGUACAAUUUUGCCUAUUGAUACGAAACCGUUGGCCUAAUGCAAUUAUUGAAUCAUCCUGGGACGACAGAUAUUUUAAUACUUGGACCGUAGAUGCAAUUCGGUUGUCGCUCACUUCAUUCACACCUCCUGAGCACUCAAUAAUGAUGGGACAUGGGAUUUUGCGGGGUAUAGCAGAGACAAUGGAAGACAGCGAGGCAGUAGAUGCUGUACGCCUUAUCCAUGACAACUGCGAGAAAACGGGGUGUAGCUGUUUUUACGGCGACCAUGCAAAUCUAGGAGGUGCUUUGUUCAAAGGCGCUUAUAAUGGUCACUAUGAGCUUACUGAAUUCCUACUCCCGCUCUGCCGUCCUAAAUACCUACUCGCAGCCUUUAGCGUCUCGAUUAGAUCACACCGGAGUGAUCUAGUAGCCCUCUUCAUGGAGCAUAUAGAAGAUUUGGGACGUCCACUUAAAUCUAAUCUCUGGGAAUAUGAUUCUUACGAAAGCGACGACGAGUCUGACCACGAAAGCGAUGACGACGAUUCUCUUCUGUCUCCUUUAGCUGAGGCUCUCUUAUCAAACGAUACAGCACUAGUGAAUCGCCUUGAAACAGUAGGUGCACUAUCCGUGGCCAGUCUUGAGGACGUCAUGGCCGCAGCUGUGGAAAUUCGAAACAUUGACUAUAUAAAAAGACUUCUAGACCAGUUCGACUCUAUAAACCCGAAUACUUUGACAAUCGCACUUGUCAUAGCAAUAGAAAACGGGUUUGAUGAUAUCGCCCUCAUCUUCCUAGACGCGGGAGCUAGUGUCAACAAUAAAAUCCAGAUAGAAAUCAAUGGGAAAAGGUACUAUGGCCUGCCAUUGAAUGCAGCUAUCAAGCGAAGGAAUUUUCAACUCGCACAUACUAUAUUAAAUGCAGACAUUGGAACAUCGGGAAUCGAUAUUACCACCUUUCGGGUAAUUUACGAAUCUGGUGCCAUAUCUAUAUUUAAUGAGGUCAUGAAAUCUAUGGCGGAUAUGCUUUCUGAAGUGCCUUUUGCGAGCAACGAUGAACCACUGCCGAGUCUUAUUUCCGACGUGUAUGAGGCCGGACAGUAUGAUAUGUUAAAGACUCUUUUAUCUUCACUGAAACGUAACUGUUCAGGCGUGGAUGCAUGCUUCGAUUACGCGAUCAAAACCGGCAAUAUUCGAUUAGUACAAUUUAUGCUAUCUUAUGGAACAGUUGAGAUACCCAUACCCUACCUGGCGUUUGCGACCUAUAUGGGCCAAACUGCUAUACUCCGAUUGCUCUUACGUCAAGUGCAAAACAAUGUUACACCUUGUUCAAUACCUCUCCCACUGAGUAGGGCAAUUUUCAAUAAUGGCCGCGACGCUCGUUUCAACUUUGAAUGCCUGGAUAUUCUCUUUGCAUCGAAAAUAUUUGAUUUGGAAGCUGUUAGCAUAACAAAGGAAACACCGCUAAUUACGGCUAUUCAAAUUAUAAAUCAGAACCCUGAUUUCGCGUUUGUCAUCAUAAAUAAGCUUCUAGAGGCCGGCUGUAAUCCAAACGCUUUAAACACUGCAGUAACCACGAUUGGGGGAACACGGAUUUCUGAAACCGCAUUAUUACAAGCUAUCGGCAAAAGAAGCGAAGAGCUUGUGCGAAUAUUGAUAGACCGAGGUGCAGAUGUUCAUGCCGUCACAGGUAUUACAGUACAGCAAACGCCGUUGCAAAAAGCUGCGGAGGUCGGUGACUUAGCUAUCGUGAAGCUGCUUCUUGAGCAUGAGGUGGACGUGAAUGCUCCCCCGUUAACACGUAGCGGCGGCACAGCUCUUCAAUUUGCUGCAAUCAGUGGAAAUUGCAAUGUAGCGGCUGAACUAUUAAGUCACGGUGCGCUUCUGCAUACACCACCAUCAUCAAAGGUAAAUGGACGAUGGCCUAUUGAAGGGGCUGCGGAAUAUGGGCGCUUGCACAUGAUUGAAUAUCUCUGGAUAGUUAAGGAGAACACGUUCCUACCCGAGGGCUGCGAGACUGGCUUCGAGGAGAAGUACUGCCGUAGAGCGAUGAAGCUCGCCGAGAGAAAUGAACAUAUCGCAUGCCGGAAUCUGAUCGCCGAAAAGGCCGGGUUGAGUAUCAAUGAUAUUUAGUUCACUCUGUUUUCUAUUCCUACUAUGGCUUGGGUCUAUUAGAAG